AUGGGCCAGGAAAGUAGAAACCAGACAUGGGUAAGUGAGUUCAUUUUGCUUGGGUUAUCCAGGGACUGGGGCACACAGGUGUCCCUUUUUGUGCUGGUUUUGGUCAUGUACUUGAUGACUGUUGUGGGAAACUCUCUCAUUAUCCUUCUGAUCACACUGGAUAGCAGGCUUCAUACCCCCAUGUAUUUCUUCCUUAGUGUGCUGUCCUUUAUAGACCUUUGUUAUUCAAAUAGUAUUGCUCCUCAAAUGCUGGUGCACUUGCUGUCAGCACAAAAAUCCAUCCCCUUCCACAACUGUGUGUUCCAGCUCUGUAUUUCCCUGGCACUGGGUGGGUCUGAAUUUUUCCUGCUGGGAGCCAUGGCCUAUGACCGCUACGUGGCAGUGUGCCACCCACUGCACUACACAGUCAUCAUGCAUGGAGGGCUGUGCCUGGGACUUGCUGCUGGCUGCUUGGCGGCUGGUUUUACAAACUCACUAAUGGAAACAAUCAUUACUUUCCACCUUCCUCUGUGUCACAAUGUGAUUAACCAUUUUGCCUGUGAGACCCUAGCAGUGCUACGGCUGGCUUGUGUGGACAUCUCCUUCAACCAGGUCAUGGUGGCCGUCUCAGGAUUUCUGGUCAUCGUGCUUCCCUGUUCCCUGGUUUUAUUCUCGUAUGCACGGAUAGUUGCUGCCAUUCUGCAAAUCAGUUCUACUCAGGGACGUAGCAAAGCAUUUGGCACCUGUGCCUCUCACCUCACUGUGGUUUGCAUGUGCUUUGGUGCCACCACCUUUACCUACCUAGGUCCCCGGUCUACCUCCUCAGUAGACAAAGAGAAGGUGAUUUCUCUGUUCUAUACUGUGGUGGCACCCAUGUUGAACCCUAUGAUCUAUAGUUUAAGGAACAGAGAAGUUGUGGCUGCUCUCCACAAAGUUUUAGAGAAUGUGAGGUGA